AUGCCCGAGCCAGGGAAGAAGCCAGUCUCUGCCUUCAGCAAGAAGCCACGGUCCGCAGAGGUGGCCGCCGGCAGCCCUGCCGUGUUCGAGGCCGAGACAGAGCGGGCAGGCCUGAAGGUGCGCUGGCAGCGGGCGGGCAGUGACAUCAGCGCCAGCGACAAAUAUGGCCUGGCAGCAGAGGGCACGCGCCACACGCUGACGGUGCGGGACGUGGGUCCCGCCGACCAGGGCUCCUAUGCGGUCAUCGCUGGCUCCUCCAAGGUCAAGUUUGACCUCAAGGUCAUAGACGCAGCGAAAGCGGAGCCUGUGGCAGUGCCUGCUCCCACCCCCGCCGAGGCCCCUGGAGCCCCUGGAGAGGCCCCGACCUCCGCCCCUGAGGUGGAAGGAGGCUCCCCGAGUCCCGAAGGGACCAGCUCAGCGGCCCCCGAGGGCCCUGGUGCCCCUGAUGACCCCAUCGGCCUCUUUGUGAUGAGGCCACAGGAUGGCGAGGUGACCGUGGGUGGCAGCAUCACCUUCUCAGCCCGUGUGGCCGGAGCCAGCCUCUUGAAACCACCCGUGGUCAAGUGGUUCAAGGGCAAGUGGGUGGACCUGAGCAGCAAGGUGGGGCAGCAUCUGCAGCUGCAUGAUAGCUACGAUCGGACCAGCAAGGUCUACCUAUUUGAGCUGCACAUCACGGAUGCCCAGGCCACCUUUGCCGGUGGUUACCGCUGUGAGGUAUCCACCAAGGACAAAUUUGACAGCUGCAACUUCAACCUCACUGUCCAUGAGGCCAUUGGCUCCGGAGAUGUGGACCUCCGAUCAACUUUCCGCCGCACGAGCCUGGCUGGAGGUGGUCGGCGCAUCAGUGACAGCCACGAGGAUGCUGGGACUCUGGACUUCAGCUCGCUGCUGAGGAAGAGCAGUUUACGGACCCCGAGGCUGGAGGCCCCCGCCGAGGAGGACGUGUGGGAGAUCCUGCGGCAGGCGCCCCCGUCGGAGUACGAACGCAUUGCCUUCCAGCACGGAGUCACCGACCUGCGGGGCAUGCUCAAGAGGCUCAAGGGCAUAAAGCGGGACGAGAAGAAAAGCACAGCCUUUCAGAAGAAGCUGCAGCCAGCCUACCAGGUGAGCAAGGGCCACAAGAUCCGGCUGAUGGUGGAGCUGGCCGACCCUGACGCCGAGGUCAAGUGGCUUAAGAACGGACAGGAGAUUCAGAUGAGCGGCAGGUACAUCUUCGAGUCCAUCGGCGCAAAGCGCACGCUGACCAUCAGCCAGUGCUCGCUGGCGGACGACGCGGCCUACCAGUGCGUGGUGGGCGGCGAGAAGUGCAGUACCGAGCUCUUCGUCAAAGAGCCCCCCGUGCUGAUCACGCGGCCGCUGGAGGACCAGCUGGUGAUGGUGGGACAGCGCGUGGAGUUUGAGUGUGAAGUGUCUGAGGAGGGGGCGCAGGUCAAAUGGCUGAAGGAUGGCGUGGAGCUGACCCGGGAGGAGACCUUUAAGUACCGGUUCAAGAAGGACGGCCAGAAACACCACCUGAUCAUCAACGAGGCGACCCUGGAGGACGCCGGGCACUACGCGCUGCGCACCAGCGGGGGCCAGGCUCUGGCUGAGCUCAUCGUGCAGGAGAAGAAGCUGGAGGUGUACCAGAGCAUCGCGGACUUGACGGUGGGUUCGAAGGACCAGGCUGUGUUCAAGUGUGAGGUGUCAGAUGAGAACGUGCGGGGCGUGUGGCUGAAGAACGGAAAGGAGCUGGUGCCUGACAACCGCAUAAAGGUGUCGCACAUCGGGCGGGUCCACAAGCUGACCAUUGAUGACGUCACGCCUGCAGACGAGGCGGACUACAGCUUUGUGCCAGAAGGCUUUGCCUGUAACCUGUCUGCCAAGCUCCACUUCAUGGAGGUCAAGAUUGACUUCGUGCCCAGGCAGGAACCUCCCAAGAUCCACCUGGACUGCCCUGGCCGCGUACCGGACACCAUUGUGGUGGUGGCCGGAAACAAGCUACGCCUGGACGUCCCGAUCUCUGGGGACCCUGCUCCCACUGUGAUUUGGCAGAAGACCAUCACAAAGGGGAAGAAGGUCCCAGCAGGUCCAGCCCCCGAUGCGUCAGAGGAGUCGGGUGCUGGUGACGAGUGGGUGUUUGACAAGAAGCUGCUGUGUGAGACAGAGGGCCGGGUCCGAGUGGAGACCACCAAGGACCGCAGCAUCUUCACCGUGGAGGGGGCCGAGCAGGAGGACGAGGGUGUCUACGUGGUCACGGUGAAGAACCCCGUGGGGGAGGACCAAGUCAACCUCACGGUCAAGGUCAUCGAUGUGCCGGAUGCUCCCGCGGCCCCUGAGAUCAGCAAGGUGGGCGAGGACUCGUGCACGGUGCACUGGGAGCCCCCAGCCUACGAUGGCGGGCAGCCAGUCCUGGGCUACAUCCUGGAGCGCAAGAAGAAGAAGAGCUACCGCUGGAUGCGACUGAACUUUGACCUGCUGCGGGAGCUGCGCCACGAGGCGAAGCGCAUGAUCGAGGGUGUGAUCUACGAGAUGCGGGUCUACGCAGUCAACGCAGUGGGCAUGUCCAGGCCCAGCCCCGCCUCCCAGCCCUUCAUGCCCAUCGGCCCGCCCAGCGAGCCCACCCACCUGGCGGUGGAGGAUGUCUCCGACACCACUGUCUCCCUCAAGUGGAGGCCCCCCGAGCGCGUGGGAGCUGGAGGGCUGGACGGCUACAGCGUGGAGUACUGCCGGGAGGGCUCCGGCUCGGCGUGGGUGUCCGCCCUGCCCGGCCUGAUCGAUCGCACGUCGCUGCUGGUGAAGGACCUGCCCACGGGCGCCCGCAUGCUCUUCCGUGUGCGGGCGCACAACAUGGCGGGGUCCGGGCCCCCUAUCACCACCAAGGAGGCAGUGACGGUGCAGGAGCUGCUGCAGCGGCCUCGGCUGCAGCUGCCCAGACACCUUCGCCAGACCAUCCAGAAGAAGGUCGGGGAGCCCGUGAACCUCCUCAUUCCUUUCCAGGGCAAGCCCCGGCCUCAGGUGACCUGGACCAAGGAGGGGCGGCCGCUGGCGGGCGAGGAGGUCAGCAUCCGCAACAGCCCCACCGACACCAUCCUGUUCAUCCGGGCCGCGUGCCGCGCCCACUCAGGCACCUACCAGGUGAUGCUGCGCGUGGAGGACAUGGAGGACAAGGCCCAGCUGGUGCUGCAGGUCGUCGACAAGCCAAGUCCGCCCCAGGAUAUCCAGGUUGCAGAGGCGUGGGGCUUCAAUGUGGCUCUGGAGUGGAAGCCGCCCCAAGACGACGGGAACACAGAACUUUGGGGGUACACGGUUCAGAAGGCCGACACGAAGACCAUGGAGUGGUUCACUGUCCUGGAGCAUUACCGCCGCACCCACUGCGUCGUGUCGGAGCUCAUCAUCGGCAACAGCUACUACUUCCGGGUCUUCAGCCACAACACAGUGGGGCCCAGCGACAGAGCCGCCACCACCAAGGAGCCGGUGCUCAUCCCCAGACCAGGCAUCAAGUAUGAGACACCCAAGUACAAGGCCCUGGACUUCUCCGAGGCCCCCAGCUUCACCCGCCCGCUGGUGAACCGGUCGGUCAUCGCCGGCUAUAACGCGACCCUCUGCUGCGCCGUUCGGGGCAGCCCCAAGCCCAAGAUUUCCUGGUUCAAGAAUGGCCUGGACUUGGGCAAAGAUGCCCGCUUCCGCAUGUUCAGCAAGCAGGGAGUGUUGACACUGGAGAUCAGAAAGCCCUGCCCCUUUGAUGGGGGUGUCUAUGUCUGCAGAGCCACCAACUUAGAAGGCGAGGCCCAGUGCGAGUGCCGCCUGGAGGUGCGAGGUGAGGAGCCACCGGGCCAAGGCCGGGUGCCCCCGGGGACGCUGGGCUUCUACCCUGCCGCCCUGGCCCAAGCUGCCGCCCUGGCGGAGCGCACACUGGCACUUGCGGGCGGGACUGGCCCCUGCACUCGUGCCAGAGCCGCUCGCUGAGCCUUCCCGGGGGCGGGGGCCACACGUGGUGCUGGAGGGGGCAGCACAGGUUCAGCACGGCCGCCUCCUCUCCCGCAGUGCCUCAGUGACUGGGCUGGCUCCCUGCGGAUGGCCAGGUAGGUGCUCCAGAUCGCCCUUGGUCCAGGGGCAGCCACCAGGAAGUGGCCUGCAGGAGGCUCUUAGGGUUUCAGCCCAGCGCAUUCAGACGGGAACCUCACUACAGGUGCAGCUGGAGCCAGCCCGUAUGCCAGGAGCCUGGAAGGAAGCUGCACAGGCCACCUUCGCACUGCUGGAUACGUGUGCAAGUGUGUACACUAGAGUUGGGGGGGGGCACCCGUAGGGCAGCAUAGUCACGGUGAGCAGGCACAUUCUGACCUCAGCGCUCCAUGCAGAAGCCCUCAGACCCUUGUGUGGGCUUUGGAAGUGACGGCUGGGGACAGGCCUUUCUGGCCUGCCGCGUUUUCUCAGCGUGUAAGGGCAAUAAAAGAUUGGUGCGGCCACUGAGAACUGACUCUUCCUGUCCCAGGUGCCUGUUUUCACAAGAAGUGUGGGGAAAUUUACAUUGAAAACCAACUGAAGGCAGGUAUUCUUUCUCCCGGAUGAAUUGAGGACCAGCAUAGGAUCCUAAAUUCUCAAAACAUGAAUAGAAGGAACUUGGUCUCCCUGAUCUUCAGUAGAGGAGACUGAGGAGCUGUGACAGAGCAAAGUGUAUCAUCAGCAAAAGGGCCAGAAACCCCAGGCUCUGCUGUCUUUGUCCUGGUGACCGAGGUCACGGUAGCCUGGUGAGGGGUAGUGAUGGACGUCCGUGUUUCUUUGCCCAUAAGGCCUGGGGUGGAA